CACGCUCCCUCUCCACCAAGCAGGAGUGCAGGCACUAAGCUGGAGUGUGUGCAGGCGGCCCGUGUCAGGGGCGUCGCAGACGGAGAUCUUUUCCUGUUGCUCCGUUGUCUUACAUCCUUCUCUGUGUCUGCCUGCUUUCCUCAGCCAGGAGACGAGGAGGAGCUAGAGAGAGAACCCUGGAUCAGCUGUGUUCCCCUGGCCUCUACGCCCUGACCACCCCAUCUACACAGGACAGGCCUGGGCCUGGUGCCUCCAGCACAGACACCCCCCCGACCCGACCCGGACGUAAACAUGGAGCCAGCCCCUAAGGAGGCUGACACCACGCAUGCCAAGGUGGCCCCCAGCCAGAGGGCCGAGACCAGGGACUCGCCUGAGACCGUGCCCGCCGUCAGGCUCAGGCCGCCUGGGGUGCUGAAGCUGACCCGCAGCCUGUCCAAGUCUGACUCGGACCUGUUGGUGUGGCCGCAGGCGGAGGAGGAUGGCGCUCUGGGAUGCCGCGGAGGGUCUGUGUUCGACUGCAGCUCGGGGCAGCAGGACCAGCAGAGGGUGGAGCACUCGCCUUCCUUCGCCUCCGAGUGGGAUGAGAUUGAGAAAAUCAUGAACCUGAUUGGAGAAGGCAUCGAGUUGUCCGGUGACCAGCCACCCACACCCUCAGAAGGGGGCGGCCGGGAGGCCCUGCUGGACCAGACGGUGGGAGAGUGGCUGGAGCGCGUGGGAUUCCCGCAGUACGAGAGCAAGCUGCUGCUCAACGGCUUUGACGACCUGCGCUUCAUGGGCAGUAACGUAAUGGAGGAUAUGGACCUCAGAGACAUGGGAAUCACUGAUCCUGGACACAGGAAGAAGAUCCUCCAUGCAGCCCGAAACCUGCCGAAGGUGAAGGCUCUGGGUUGUGAUGGUAGCUCCUCUCUCUCCUCCUGGCUGGAUGUUCUGGGCCUGCAGGAGUACCUGCCCAACUUCCUGUCCAGCGGCUACCGCACCCUGGACUGUGUAAAGAACCUCUGGGAGCUGGAGAUUGUCAACGUCCUGAAGAUCGUCCCUCUGGGACACAGGAAGAGGAUCAUCGCCUCGCUGGCAGAGCGGCCCUACGAGGAGGCGCCCACCAAGACCCAGCGCCUCUCCCGUGUGCAGUUCCAGGACCUGCUGUCCCAGGGCCCGUCCCCCCUGUCCCAAGUGGACCCUCACACCAGCCGCUCCAUGGACCUGCUGCUGCCGGGGGAGGGGGGGCGCAGGAGGGAGCAGGACUGCAGCACGUCGCUCAGAUCGUACAGCGAGAGGCCCCGCUCCGUUGACCGUCAGAGUGAGCGUCACUGGGAGCCCCGCCCAGCCCUGAGGCCUCCCAGCCAGUCUGCGUCCUACACCACCGUGUCCGGCUGGCACCACCAGCCUGAGAAGCUCAUCCUGGAGUCCUGCGGCUACGAGGCCAGCUAUCUGGGAUCCAUGAUCAUCAGGGAUCUACGAGGGAUCGAGUCCACUCAAGAAGCCUGUGCUAAGAUCAGGAAAUCAAAGGACUCUAAGAAAGGCCCUGUGGUCAUCCUGUCCAUCACCUAUAAAGGGGUUCGCUUUAUCGAUGCAGCCACCAAGACCAUAGUAGCCGAGCACGAGAUCAGGAACAUCUCGUGUGCAGCCCAGGACCCAGAUGACCUCCACACGUUCGCCUACAUCACUAAGGACCUGAAGAGUGGUCACCACUUCUGUCACGUGUUUAGCACAGUGGAAGUGACACAAACCUAUGAGAUCAUCCUGACGCUGGGACAGGCAUUUGAGGUGGCCUAUCAGAUCGCUCUGCAGGCCCGGGCCAGGCAGUAUGUGCCCCCGGCCUCUUUGGUGUCAGAGGUCAUUGAGACCAAAGCCAGCAGACCUGUCUCUCAUAACUGGAGCAGCAUGAGGAGAACUACAGGUGCACCUGUGCUGGACUGUCGCUGCUGUUAUUGUCACAGCUGUACCACGCACCGGCCCUCCUUCCUCCCCCUGACCUCUGUUAGCCCUGCAGUCCAGCUCGCUCCAACGUUCAAGUUCCCGGACACCCGUCUGUGAGUGGAAUGGGGGAGCGACCGUUGAGAAUGUGUGCGUGCGUGUUAAAAGCAAAAGAGUGGAGGAUGAAGAGAUUCACGCUGUUAGGCUUCACAGCCCUGAGUGGCGAGGAAACUGGUCCAGCAGCGGUAUCUGAAGAGGCUCACUUCCCAGGGAUCUGUCUGUCACCUGUCAGUCACUCCACCUCUCUUGUCAGGUGAAAAGUCAUCGUAGAAGGUCGGGCUGGUUUUGGCGGAACCAGCCUCGUCCAUGUGCUGUAGGUACUGUAAACCAGGGGCGUAGGAUUCAUUAUAAACACUUUGAAAAUUGAAAGAUUCCCCCCCCCCCCCCCCCGCACACACACACAUUGGCAGAAAUCCCGAGGGAGACGGGGGACACAACCCCCCAAUCCUAGUCAAAAUACCCCCCCACACACACACAUUUAUAUUAAGAACAUUUUAUCUAACGGCCGCGUUAAAAAAGCUGUCUCACCAACAUUUGAAAACAAACCUACGCACCUGCUGUAGAUCACGCGAGCCGCUGCUGAUCCUCUCCGGAGAUAAGCUCUGUAGCAGAUGACCGGCGGACGAUCCGUAGGAAGGUUCAUGAGCUGUGUUAGAACGUGUUGAACUACUGUACCAGCAUACAACGCUUUGCCCAUGACUGUGGACAGAGCAUGGUUACUCAAUGAUAAUGUAAUACUGUUUCAAAUUUCAAAGC